AUGGUGAUUCUUCUCUUCUGUCGCCAACGCUCAAAACCCUCGCUCAGGUGGAGCACAUCAAGCCUCUCAGCUCACCCCAAACACGAUUGCCUCUCUCAUCACCAUCUCCAACAUCUACCACAACCCGACAAACGCUGCAAACCAUAUCAUCGCGAAAUGGCUCCAGCUUUCUCCCUACCGCCGAUGUCGUUAGUCCGCCACUCAGUUGGAGGCACGCCCUGCACGACCUCAACCACGGGCAAGUCGUCCUUCGCUCAUGCUCGAGCUCCAUAUUUAAAUCGCUUCUAUCAACCUGCUGAAAGAAGAUCCACCGUAAGCUUCACGAUGUGCGUGCCGCACUGUGGUCGCAAAAGCAUUCGCGUUGCGAUUCCGUCUAAAGGCGAUAUCCUCGCCGAAACGAAACACCUUCUUUCCGACGUGGGAAUCGAUGUCCAAAUUCACAAUCCACGUCAGUACGUCGCCUCUCUAAAAGGACUUGAUGUCGAGGUGUGGCUCCAACGACCAGCUGACAUUGUCCGCAAGGUUCGCGAUGGCGAUGUCGAUCUCGGCAUUGUUGGGUAUGAUCUCGUUGCGGAAUACGGCGGCGACAAUCACCAGGUUGUGCCAGUCCAUGACAGACUUGGGUACGGGGAGUGCAGACUCGCGGUUGGCGUGCCGAUGGAAUGGGACGAUUGUAAUGACAUGAGCGACUUCCGGCGACGCGGAGCUGGCCGCACGCUCAGGAUUGCGACAAAGUACGUCAAUGAGACGAAGCGCUUUUUGGAAGCUCACUACGUAGAGAACUACCGUCUCAUCAAUAUGGACGGAGCGCUAGAGGCUUCUACGCAGAUGGGCACUGCUGAUUGCAUUAUUGACCUUGUGUCAUCCGGCGUGACGUUGAGAGAAAACCUUCUCAAGGAGAUUGUUGGCGGAACCCUGCUCAAGUCGUCCAUGCAACUGAUAGGAAACCGCGAGCAUCUGAGAGAAGAGUCGGAAUUCGGCGCGAGAUUGAGAGCGCUGUCCAGAGAACUACUGGAACGCAUUGAGGGAUAUUUACUCGGCAGGGACAACUACAACAUCAUUGCCAACAUCAGAGGUUCCAGCAUGGUCGAUGUGAGCAGAAGACUCGCGACUCAGAGCAACUUGCGCGGUGUGGAUGGACCGACGGUUAGCCCAGUUGUACCACCAGCAGAUUCUGACGAGGGAAUGUAUGCGAUAAGUAUUGUGCUGCCAAAGGAGCAACUGUACUCCGCGAUCCAGCAACUUCGGAGUGUGGGCGGAUCUGGCGUCACAGUUAUCCCAGUUUCAUUUAUCUUCCCGCAGGAAUGCAAACGGUGGAACACCCUACUGAAAAGUAUCGGAAUGUCGUCCGUCAUGGAACAGGCUGAGAAGCCAGAGCAAGUACACCUCUGAAUUCAGGGAUGCUCUCACUCACCAGACAGCCCUUGCGCCGAAAUUCGCCGGGAUUGAGGAUCACACCAAGAUCUUACAUCUAUUUUGUUAGGGAGCACUUGCCUGACUCGGUUCAGUCGAUGUCACUUGGCGAGGGUGAUGCUCAACGCUUUGUGUUUGCUGAAAUUGUUUUUGUAAAACUCGUGUCCAAAACUUGAGGACAUAGGCUAUGAAUAA